UGGAUUUCUGCUGCAGAAGAGUCAAACAAGUGGAUACAUGGACUGUGAGUGGCAGCAGUGGGCAGAGAGCUGCACUGAUGAGGACAGUGACGCCGAAGAAACGCUGUGUGGAAUCCAAGAGAGCUGUGCCACUGACCUGAAUCACCACCCCCAGCUGGACGCAGACAUCCAAGCUGUCAGGAGUCUGUAUUCAGACUCUGCGGUCUCUGUCAGAGAGUACGGCUCUAUUGAUGAUGUGGACGUUGACUUGAACGUGAAUGUCAACUCUUUGGAUGGGGAAGCAGCCAAAUCCUGGAGGAUCAAUCAAUCCGAGCCGGUUGUUAUUCGUCUGCACUUUUCUGUAUCUCAGUAUCUGGAUGGUCCUGCCCCUUCAGUCGAGGUCUUCCAGCCGUCUAAUCCCGACCAUUUCUGUGUGGGAAAACAGCUGAAAAAUAUUCUCUCCGUCUUCAUAUCCCAAGAAUGGAAACGUCUGACAAAUGACAACGUGGUGAUCAGACAGAAGAGGCGGCACAGCUGGUUCAGGCCGAGUGGAACCAUCAAAAAGUUCCGUGCCAGACUCAGCAUCUGGCUACCGCUGUCCAAGACAAAUGAGCUGAGGGAACCGGCCGUCAGGGGGAGGAUCGUCCUCCCGGCUAUGAAACUGAACCGAUUUACUAAUCACACAGCGUCGUACACCAUCAAGAAUCCAGCUGGAGAGCUGUUCACCUACACGCCCAGUGGAAAGAGGGUGAUGGUCUCAGCUGUCAAGUCGUCAGCUCAGCUCAGCACCAAACAGCUGUUAGAGCUGCUCUUCACCUCGCAGGCUAUCGUCAACUGUAAGACGCCGCCAUCUCUGCAGCAUGGCUUCCUAGUCCAGGUGAUGAGGUACGCUGAGCAGAGAAUCCCAACCCUGAACGAAUACUGUGUCGUCUGUGACGAGCGGCACGUCUUUCAAAAUGGCCCAAUGCUCAAGCCUGCCGUUUGCACCAGAGAGCUGUGUGUGUUUUCCUUCUAUAAGCUUGGAGUUAUGUCAGGAGCUACUGAAGAAGUGGCCACCGGUGCAGAGGUGAUCGAUUUGUUGGUCGCCAUGUGCAGAGCUGCUCUCCAGUCCUCACGAAAGAGCAUCAUAUUCGAACCAUAUCCAUCCGUUGUUGACCCAUGCAACCCUAAAACUCUGGCUUUCAGUCCUAAGCGAAAGAGUUAUGAGAGGCUGCAAAAAGCUCUGGACAGUGUCUUGAUAACUCGGAGGAUGGGACAGGGUCCAUAUUCCGACAUCAAGAAGGAGAUGGACAAGAUCGACCCUCUGGCCCAUCCUUUACUGCAGUGGAUUUUAGCCAGCAACAGGUCUCACAUUGCCAAGCUUCCACUCAACAGGCAACUGACGUUCAUGCACACGCCUCAUCAGUUCCUGCUGAUCAGCAGCCCUCCCUCCAAAGAGGCUCGAUUCCAAACCGCCAGGAAACUCCAUGGCAGCACGUUUGCUUUCCAUGGGUCUCACAUUGAAAACUGGCAUUCGAUUUUGAGAAACGGACUAGUCAAUGCUUCCUACACCAAGUUACAGCUUCAUGGGGCGGCAUAUGGAAAAGGGAUCUAUUUGAGUCCCGUGUCAACCAUAUCUUUUGGAUACUCUGAGAUGGGUAAAAGUCAACACCAAAUACCAACCAGAAAGGAACUCAUUCAGAAAUACAAUCGGAUUAACAAAAUCAAAGAGGAGCAGCUUGGGGAAACCAGGUUUCUGCAAAGCAGCAACCUCAACUGUAUUGCUUUGUGUGAAGUGAUAACGUCAAAAGAUCUUCAGAAACAUGGAAACAUUUGGGUGUGUCCAACAUCGGAUCACGUGUGCACACGUUUCCUGUUUGUGUAUGAAAAUGGUCAGGUGGGAGACGUCCACAUCAACACCCAGGAAGCCCAAAUCCAGAAGGAAAUCUUACAAGUAAUUGCUUCAAAACCAUGCUGAGCACAAACACACACACACACACACAGAAAGAAAGAGAGACAUAUAAGAUUGAGUUGACUGAUAUUGACCUGAUCAUUAUUUGUUUGAUUGUAGAAAAGAAAUAUGCACUGCAAAUCCAAAUAAUUGU